GAAGCUCCAUAAAAGGUGUGAGUGGAGGCGUGAUGUCAGGUUUACGACUGAGAGCAGAGUUUAAAACGAACCGGAGCCACAGAGUUCACCUCUGGACCGAGGAGCUAUGAGUGUGUUUGGAGGCCUGAAGGACGGCGGGGGGGUCGGUAACAGGGCCGUGCUGGUGUCCGUGGCUCAGUACGAACCCGGGGUGGAGCUCGGUUGGAGGCCUGGAGCCAAGAGGGACACGAGGAGGCUCCACCGCACCCUCAGCAAACUGGGCUUCAAGGUGGAGCUGCACAUGGACCUGAGAGCAGACGAGAUCCAGCAGCUGCUACGGAAAGAGAGCCGGUGUCCCGUCAAGGACAGCUUCCUGUGCGUGUUGUCGUCCCACGGAGACGAGGGUUGUGUGUUCGGGGCCGAUGGGAAACGAGUCCAACUGUCACACGUCUUCAGAUACUUUGACAACGAGGUCAUGGAGAAAAAAACCAAAAUGUUCUUCAUCCAGGUCAGAGGAGAACUGACUGAUGAUGGUGUGAAGGCGGGUUCCUCGGUUCUAACUCCGUCCUCCAUGUUGUUCUCAGGCUACGGUGCCUUCAUGAACCCUCAGGGUUCCGUGUUCCUCCAGACGCUGUGCUCUCUGCUGGAGGAGGAGGAGCAUCGGAACCUGGAGCUGACCCGCCUGAUGACCCGGCUGUCCCACCGCGUGGCCUUCCACUUCCAGGCGCGAGGGCGCCACCUGCAGGGGAAGAAGGAGAUGCCGUGUUUCCUGAUGAGACUCACCAGAGACGUUUUCCCCUUCGCUGAGGCCGGGGCGGCGGCCGGCAUCUCGGCCACGGCGCUGGUCCAACCCGAGGCCGUCAGAAAACGGACCCGUUCCAUCAGUUAGACCUGGAACCAGGAACCAGGAACCAGGAACCUUUUGUGUUUUUAUUUAUUCUGUCUGUUACACGACGAAUUAUCUUUAUCUGAAACGAGAAAAUAUUAUUUUACUUUUUGCUUCGGACAGAGAAAUUUUUACACCGCUCAGUGG